CAACUGCAUUUCCAACAUUUUAUUUCUCUUUCUCUUUCUGUCUCAAGGAAUCGAGUAGGAUUCUUUGUUCUUGGUGUUGGGAGAAAUAGCCGUAUCGGUAUAGGUAGACUCAGAGAGCUGGCUAUACCUUUUACUUCCUUCCUGCUCUUUUCAAUUGGCGUUGGCGAGGGUAGCGAAUCACAAAAAUUUCAGACAUAAGCCGCAGCAACGGAGCAUAAAAACCUCAAAAUCCUCGCUGUGGCGGCGUCAUUUUAUUCUUUUGAAAAAAACAGAUCUGAGAACAUCUCACCAUGUCAACACCAGCAAAGAAUAUUGGAGUACCAUCUCCCCGCAACAAUUCCAGAGGACGCUCUCCCUUCAGAAACUCUUUUGUGGCCAGCUCUCCACUCGUACAGGCCUCGAUUGAACGGGAUCUUGCUGAAUGCUCCGACAGCGAGGUCGAGCCACUAGAACACAAUGACGAGACCGAUUCUGAAAAUGAAACUUCCGAGACGUCUACAGUACGCCCUCAUGAUCACCAACACUCCAUGGGAAGCUCGUACAGACGACCAAGUUUCGUGGCUUUUGGUGGUGCAAGACCUGCCAUUGCACCCCAUCCUGCCGAAACGACCUUCCUCACCAAAAGAGAGAGGAAGCAGUCGAGGAAUGAGGAACGGAGUUUGUUGAGGGACAACCACCUUGCAUCACCAAAACACCCCGUGGUACUAGAAGAACGUGCGGGCAUUGCGAGUAGGAUAUACGGGCGCCUAUUUAGCACCAAGAGAAGAAUCGAAGAGGGCGAUGCCGAGAAUCCUCCCGAUCCAUCCUUUACCGCUGAGCCCUCAGAAACAUCACUAUUGCUACCAAACGGAAUGGGAGAGACAAGUCGAUCACAGCACGAGAGACUAAACAGACAAUGGGAGUCGGCAGUGGCCGCUGGAAAGAUCAAGACGACAUGGCAACGUGAGGCUAAGGUCAUCUUGGGUUACGCAGGUCCUCUCAUAGUUACCUUCUUACUCCAAUAUUCUCUUACAGUUGCGAGUAUCUUUACCGUGGGAAGGUUGGGUACCAUAGAACUAGGAGCGGUGAGCUUGGCUAGUAUGACGGCCAACAUCACAGGUUAUGCCAUCUACCAAGGACUAGCAACUAGUUUGGAUACUCUUUGCGCCCAGGCAUAUGGAUCUGGAAGAAAACAUCUUGUUGGUUUACAGUUACAACGAAUGGUAUAUUUCCUCUGGCUUAUCACCAUACCCAUAGCGAUAUUCUGGCUCGCUGCCGAAAAGCUCUUGGAGCAGAUUGUCCCAGAAAAGGAAUCCGCACAGCUUGCAGGGCUUUACUUGCGAGUUUUGGUACUGGGAGCUCCUGGAUAUGCUUUGUUCGAAUCUGGAAAACGAUAUGUGCAAUCUCAAGGUCUAUUUUCUGCUACGACAUAUGUUCUCCUCAUUGCAGCUCCUCUCAAUGCAUUUAUGAAUUGGUUAUUUGUUUGGCAUUUCGGCUGGGGAUUUGUGGGGGCUCCAAUUGCGGUUGCAGUCACAGAUAACGUUCUUCCUCUAUUACUAUUUUUAUAUGUCAUGUUCGUUGAUGGACGUCAAUGCUGGAAUGGCUUCACCAUGAAGGCUUUCCACAACUGGGGUUAGACCCUAAGCUGAUUCCUUACGAAAACAUCUUGCUAAUACAAAACAGGUCCGAUGAUCAAGCUCGCUAUUCCCGGUCUUCUCAUGGUAGAGGCUGAAUUUAUAGCCUUUGAAAUCCUCACUCUAGCAUCGAGUUAUUUCUCCACGUCUCAUCUAGCCGCCCAGAGCGUUCUCUCAACUAUAGCUGGAAUAACCUUCCAAAUCCCAUUCCCGAUGGCCAUUGCUUCCUCAACUCGAGUAGCAAAUCUUAUUGGCGCAACGCUUACAGAUGCCGGAAAAACGAGUGCCAAAGUCGUAAGUCAAUCCUCUCACUUCUCUUCCACCCUCUUUUAUCACAACCACUCGCACCCUCACCCUACACAAAAACAAGAACAAACUCUAACACCAAAACCAGGCCUUCGUAAUAGCCUCAAUAAUCGGCCUCUUCAACGUCAUCCUCCUCUCCUCCCUACGGAACCACCUUCCCCAACUCUUCACCGACGACCCCCUAGUAAUCUCCCUCGUAGCCCAGGUCCUACCCAUCUGCGCAGCCUUCCAGCUCUUCGAUGCCCUCGCUGCCAACGCCUCCGGCCUUCUACGCGGUCUGGGACGCCAGGAGAUAGGCGGGUACACGAAUCUAUUCUGUUACUAUGUUGUCGCUAUGCCUAUUAGUUUCGGCACGGCGUUUGGACUGGGAUGGGAGUUGGAGGGAUUGUGGAUUGGAGUGGCGCUUGCGUUGGGGUUGGUGGCGGGGAUUGAGGCGUGGUUUUUGGCGAGGACGGAUUGGGAGGAUGCGGUGACCGAGGCGGGGAAGAGGAAUGAUAUGGGGUAG